AAAUUGAUGGAGGACGCGUUGCCGCGUCCAAACUAAUAACGUUAGAGUCAGGAACGCGACUUGCCCCACCAUGCUAGCUCAGGAACAGCUCCAGACCCACUUCACGAUAAGAUAAGCCCAACCGCUCCCUCCAGGACUGUGAACUCCAGCGGCCAAAUCCCGUAUGAUGUCCAUAGACUGCAUACCCGUGGCCCCACAGCGGAAGCUGAAUCUCUGGAUGAGAAUCGCAGGCGCGCAGCCCUGCAAGGUUGCGAACAAACGAACAAGCCUAAGCACGGGUGUAUAACAAGCUUCGACUGUGACCCGACUGCCGUCAUUGAAAUCGAACCCGCCAAAGGAAAUCCGGACCGAUAGAGUAUUAGGGGUACCACCUUGACCGGCACAAUGGACGAAUAUCCCGCGGGCAGUUUGGAACACGCAAUUCCUUUUCUACUCACUCUGGGGACACGUACGGGCACACCAUAUGACCCGCAGCUGAGUCCUGCACUUAAGGAACAGGCGGUUCUCAUCCGGUCAGAGCUUCCAUCCCUCGACUCAGACCCAGCGAGCGCGCUGCUGCGCUACCUGCAGGAUCGCGAUGCCUCACAAUUGCCAUGCAAUGGACGGGACAUGUCCAGAAAAUACCGCUUCAAGAUCCAAACGGCCGAAAGGUCGCUUCUACUGCCUCCGCGCCGUGCCCGUCUCCCAGACGGCUUCGAAGCUCCUUCGCCGUCGCCGUCCACAGUGCUCCACUCACCAUACUCCCCCUUGAGUCCCGUCUCCCCGCUGUAUCCCGACGGUCUGAUCGACACACAAUGGAUCCGCAAACAUCGCGACUUUGUUCCCAGCGUCUUGCUCUGCUUCUACGCGCUUUCCUCCGACCCUACCCUCGCCACGCUCUGCGAUAACCAAAUCAAGACGGAUGUGAACAAUAUCAGGGCCCUCUUGAGUCAGUCCGGCUACAAGACGCGGCUGGCAGUGGUGCUCUUGAGCGACCACACGAGCCACUCCGUCGACAGUGUCCAGGAAAGACUCGAGACCAUACGAAAAGGAUGCGGCUUAGAUCCAAAGGUGCUGUUCCUGGUGCCGCCAAGUGACUCUCAGGACGAGCUCGAGCGCGUGGCCGAGAACAUGCUCACAACACUCUACAGCAUAGCUCUUGAGUACUACCGGGACCUUGGGCGACACGCCCGGAAAAAGAGAAGUAGGGGAAUUGCCCCUCAGCCGACAGUGCCACCGACGUCUGGCACCUCGCAGACCCUCUCGCUGGCAGGGUGGAACGUGCGCUAUGAUUUCAAGUCUGCCAUUUUCGCAGAAUAUCGACUCGAGAUGGACGUUGCCCUGCGCUCGUACGAGCAGGCCUACGAGAACUUGCUGAGCUCAGAGCUGAUGGAACUUAUUCCGAGCUGGAGCCCGCGGUGGAACGAGGCCAGGUUCCUCGCCGACGUUAUCGCGGUGCGCUGUCUGCGAUGCUUGCUCUGGAACGGGCAGUACAGCGCCGCUGUUCGGCGGUGGCAGUCUCACCGUGAGAGGAUAGCUGACUUUGUCGACCGCCGCGGGAGGGGUACCAACAACUAUGGCUGGGAAGCUUGGGAGGCUCGCUGGGCCGACGUCAUGGCCGACCUCAUUGAAAAAGCCGAUAUCCCUGAACUCGGGCCGUCAGCUCCGAGGUUAUGCCUCCCACCCGAGAAGAGCGUGAUGGGAGAGCGUCUGCGACCUUGGGAGCUGCUCCACCACACGGGCUACUGGUACCUCUUGGCGGCACAGCACUUGCGCUCUCGGAGGGCCCUAGCUCACUCUAUUCCCGAAGAUGACAGGAGGUCACCCAGCGCCUCGCCGGCUUCUCACGUUGCCAAAUCUGCCUUUUCGUACGACACCUACAUGUGUCCAAACCCCUUCGAAGAAUACCCCCUAAAUCACACUGGAGUAGACCACGGCCGGAUGAUCGUUGAUCGCUUGCUGCGGGCACGCGCCGACUUCUUGAAGCGCGGCCAAGUCCGGCUUGCUGCUGAGGUAUCAUUGGAAUGCGCCAGAGAGCUCGCCGUCGCCAAAGAUUGGAAAAAUAUUGUAGAACUUUUGCGCCCUCAUUGGAAAGACCUGCCGUUUAGAAAGGAGGGCUGGGUAGAAAUAGUCGAGGAGCUGAACUGUAUUCUCAGGGCGGCGGCUGCAGCUAUUGGGAAUGCUGAGUUGGUGAUAGCCAUUGAUUGGGAGUUGCUAUCAAGAAGCUUCACAGAGCGUCCCGACUGGCAUUAUAACAUCUUGAGAUCUUUGGAAGGCAUCAACACCAAAUCCAGGCCCACUGUCUCCAUUGGAGACGGUCAGAUCCUCUCCUUCAUCUCUGCAUCCUUCCUCUUCAACCAUGAAGAGGGCAAGGCCGGCCAGAGCGUCCGCGGCCAGCUGUGCAUCAGAUCAGAUGCUCACAGGAGGUCCACGCCAGUCGCUCUUAGCAGAAUUCGCGUGCACUUCAGGGGCAGUGUUGACGCUAUCAUUCUGAGGCACCAAGGAACUGAGCAUGCACAACGUCAGAUAUCCGGCAACGCGGCACUAUUUGCUGUAUCACUGACAACCCAAGCGGGUGACGACGGGAUAUCCGAGUCCACCGAGUCAGACGAUGCUGCCAACAAAGUUACACUCAGUGGCUUCGCAGACUUGACAUUACGACCUGGCCAAACCCUAGUGCUACAUAUGGAGAUUCCCCUGCGCGAACCCGGCGAGACACGGGCAGAAUCCGUGGUCAUGUAUCUCGAGAAUGAGGCCUUCAACUUGGAACAGUCCUUGAUGUUCCGGGAGAGAAGCAGCCUGAACCUCUGGUAUAUCUCAGCCUCUUCCACCAAACAUGUUCCUCGAGCGCAUCCCCUGACUAUCCGGGUUCUGCCGAGGCCCCCUAAAAUGGAGAUAAGCUGCCCGAAGUGGGAGGAGCAGUAUUAUACAGACGAGCCCAUCAGUCUCGGUUUUGAUAUUGAGAAUGGCGAGGACAUUGAGGCAGUCGCACGGUUGGACAUGCUGUUGUUCGGCGAGAAACCACCGACGUUCGCUGUAGACAUUCCCGGACGCGAGAUUCAGAACUCGUCUAGUGUCCGAAGCGAAGAAAGCAAGCUAUCGGGGGCGCCGCUGGGCGCUAUCGAAAGCUCCAAAUCACUCACCAUCACCCUCCGCCUCCCUCCAAUUGAGCUGUCGAGCCGAUAUGACCUGACACUCAAAGUCACUUAUUUCCUCUCUACUAACCCCGGCACGCCUAUUUCACAAACGGCCAACUUUCAGCUCAACGUUGUUAACCCGUUCGAGGCCAACUACGAGCUCCUACCUCGUGUUCAUCCGGACCCCUGGCCCAGUCUUUUCGACCAUGAAAGUAUUAGUGUACCAUCAACCGCCAGUGAUGGCGCCCUUAGCGUUCCCAAAGGCAUUUCGCAAGCGUGGUGUCUGGUAACCCGAUAUGCCUCGUUCGCUUCGGAACCCCUGCGCGUGGUAGACAUCGACGUCUCCAUCCACACCUCCCCGACGUCAUCAAUCCAGUGCACCACCGUCCAAAAACACACCGACCUCCCAGUUUCGGGCCGGCUCAUCAACCCCAAGACAAUCGAAGAAGCGGCCUUUGACCUGGUCGCCCAGAAAUCGUCCGUCGACGACCGCAGCCAUGCGUCGCUGGACAUGUCGCUCAUUGUCAAAUGGACCCGCCAAAACCCAGAAGCAGGAGACUCAUCUGACGCAUCCCCCGAUGAUGCAAACUCGGCAAAAGUAAACACCACCACCCUCCCGGUACCGCGCUUCACAAUCUUCGGCACCGAGCCCCGCGUGUUGGCAAGCGUCUCCCGCCGCCAGCUGCUCUCUCCGGCCCAGCCGCUCGUCACGCUGACCGUCACGAUCGAGAACGGCUCGAACCACUUCCUCACGUUCGGCCUCGUCAUGGAGCCCAGCGAGCAGUUUGCCUUUUCGGGCCCCAAGCAGACCACGCUCAACCUCCUCCCCGUCUCGAGGCGCUCUGUUGAGUACCGCCUGCUCCCCCUUAAGUUGCCGGCGGGUGGUGGAAAGGAAAACGAGAAGAAGGAGGCCGGCAGGGAGGAGGAGGAGGAGGAGGAGGAGGAGGAGGAAGGGGGUGUGUGGAUCAGGCCUGGGUUGGUGGUUAGGGAUAAGUACUUUCAGAAGAUUCUGAGGGUGAUACCCGGCGGCGAGGGCGUCAGGGCGGACAAGGAUGGGUUCGAGAUCUGGGUACCUUUGCCGGGGUUAGGUUCUGCGUCUUCUGGGUCGUCUGGGUGAAGUGAUAAGGGGACAUAUACGGGCAUAAGGGUGACUAAGAAACCUUGGGUUUUGUACAUUUAGGGGGGGAAGGGAUGGCGUGUGGGGUGCCGGUGAGCCGGAAUUUCAGGGUACAUAGCUUUAGGUUGUCAUCUAGGGCGCUUUGCCGGGGCCUUGUAACCCAUCCUCUUGUGAACUUAAUGGCACAGUCAGGGCUUCGAUCACUGUAUUGCCUCGUCAAGGGAAGCCCUUGGUUCGUGUACAAACUAUGAUGUCGAUACUGUAGCUUUAGCCACGUGAGUAUUGUUGUACUGUUGCUACCUAGAAGAUGGGCCUUG